UUUUUGGAGGUCUGUAUUUCCUGUCAGGUGAUUUUAGGAGUAGCAGGUUGUGGUUAUCCAGUGUGUUUCAUUACUUUAGGAAGGCUUUGGGAACAUUAGAGUAAACAAUUUUAUUUACUUUUGCUUCCAGACAUCGAAAAUGCCUUUGUUGUGCGGAGGAACCACCGAGGAAAAGGAUGCCACUGAGGAAGUGCAGAAAAUCUGUGAAGAGAUGAAACCUCAUGCAGAGGAAAAAGCUGGAAAAACAUUUGACAUCUUCACUGCUAAAUCCUACAAGUCACAGGUGGUAGCUGGGACAAACUUUUUCAUCAAGGUCCAUGUAGGUGGUGAGGAAUUUGUUCACCUGCGUGUCUAUAAAAUGCUGCCACAUGCUGGCGGCAGCCUGCAACUUAAUGGAAUACAGACAGCCAAAACCCAUCAGGACGCCAUCGAAUACUUCUGAACAUGUAUUAAGUCCUGAACUGUCAAGCAAUGAGCUGCUUCAAUGAAUAAAAUGGCAGUGAUAAAUAUCA